AUGCAUCGUUUUUCAAGGAAAACUUUAGAACGACAAUGGACACGUUUAAAGAGUUAUGCGAUUUGGUCAAAAGACAUUCAACUUGAGGCUGGUCCUCAAGAUGGCACCAUUUUAGUAACAUGGCAACCAGUUAAUAGACCAACGUCGUCUGGACCUGUAACCGGCUACGCUGUGUAUGCUGAUGGAAAAAAAGUAACUGAUAUAAAUUCACCAACUGGUGAUCAUGCUCUAAUAGAUAUUGGAAAAUUGGGUGUAUUUAAUCCCAGAGCUGUCACAAUACGGACGAAAUCCAGAGAUUCGCAAUCAGCUGAUAGUACACCUAUUUUGAUACCAAAUGCGGUUCGUAACGCUGUUGGAAGAAGAGGACCAAAUCAGAUGGGCAUGGGUCCGCAACAAAUGCAACAAGGACAGCUUGGAGGUCCUAAUCAAAUGAUUAUGCCUGCCCAGCAACAAACUCAUGUGAUGAGUCAAGACCAAUAUGAUCCCAACCAAAUGCAGCAAAGUUUACAACAAAACGUGCAGUCAGGACAGCAACCUAUACAAUCAGGACAACAGCACGAUGGAAGCUCUGGUUUAUUGGGUGGGCUUCUUGGUGGGCUCUUUUCGAAACCAAAUCCAAAUCAGAGCCAAGUGAAUCAAAAUGUAAAUGGCUAUCAACCAAAUACGACACAGCGAAAUAUAAUUCAGGGGCGUGCGCAAGGUCCACAAAUGAUAGGAACCCAUCAACAGCCAUAUAUGGCGCAAGGUCAGGUGAGUCAAAUGAACCAACAAAGAUUUCCUGGUCAAAGAGCGGCACCUACUGGCCAAAUUCAGCCGCAAAUACAAGGACAAAUACCAGGACAAAUACUAGGACAAAUACCAGGACAAAUACCAGGACAAGUAUCAGGACAAAUGUCAGGACAAAUUCCAGGACAAAUGCCGGGACAAAUGGCAGGUCAAAUGGCAGGACAAGUGCAAGGACAAAUGCAAGGUCAAAUGCAAGGACAAAUUCAAGGGCAGAUACAAGGACCAUUGGGACAGCGGACAAUUAAUCAAAUACAACAAGGUCAGAUAAUUCCUGGUCAACAAGGACAACAACAUCUGGGCCCCCAGAAGAAACCACGUUAUUUUGUUGCAAUGUUUGAUUAUGACCCUAGCACAAUGAGUCCCAAUCCGGAUGGAUGUGAUGAAGAACUGCCAUUUCAAGAAGGUGAUACAAUCAAGGUUUAUGGUGACAAGGAUGCGGAUGGGUUUUACUGGGGAGAAUUACGUGGACGUCGUGGUUAUGUGCCUCAUAAUAUGGUAACAGAAGUUGAUGAUGGCACAGGUCAAAUACCUGGUACAUCUCAGACAGGAGGUCCAGGUCAAGUUAUGCCAGGUCAAGUUGUUCCUCAACAAAGCAUGCGUAAUGUUAGUCGCGAUCGUUGGGGUGACAUAUAUGCUAAUAUGCCAGUCAAACGUAUGGUUGCGCUGUACGACUAUGAUCCUCAAGAAUUGAGUCCAAAUGUUGAUGCCGAAGUGGAAUUAAGUUUUAAAACUGGUGAAAUUAUUCUUGUUUAUGGUGAAAUGGAUGAAGAUGGUUUCUAUAUGGGUGAAUUAGAUGGUGUGCGCGGUUUAGUACCAUCAAAUUUCUUAGCAGAUGCACCUGAUCAAUAUAGUAACCAAAUGAUGGCGACUGGUGCUCCCAAUUUACGUGGGGGUCUAAGUCAGCGUGGGAGAGGUCAAGGUCCUGGUGCAAGAGGUCCACCUCCACCUCCUAGAGAUAAUAUGAUGCCAGGAAUUGCUGGUCAACGCGGUCCACAAGGCAAAAAUGCUCGCCCUGCUUCCCCUACACUGUUAGACAACACGGGCCAUCCUGCCCCCGAUCACCAAACGCAGGCAAUGAUCGGACGCGUUGGUAAUGUCGGCAUACAACAACAACAACAACAACAACCUUAUGGUCAGCAACAAACACAAAUAGGACAGCAAAUUCAGCAACAACAUCAACAAGUGGGCAUGGGGCAAAUAGGGCAGAUGGGGCAGCAAACGUUGGGACAAAUUGGCACAUUGGGUCAACAACAACAAUCCCAAAUGGGGCAGUUCGGACAGCAGCAACAAAUUGGUCAAAUGGGACUUAUGGGACAAAUGGGUACAAUUACUCAACAACAACAACAGCAACAACAACAACAACAACAACAACAACAACAAGCGCCACCUGUUACAACGCAGUCGUCUGGUGGAGGUUUGUUUUCAGGUGCGACAAAUUUAUUAUCGGGUGCUACGUCGGCUGCCACCGGUGGUCUAUUUGGUUCAAAACAACCACCGAAACCAGAUCCAAUGCAACCACCAAGUGGUGUGCAGCCAAUGCAGCAACAGCAACAACAACAAGUGCCACCACAGGCGCAACCGCCACCGCCACAAGGUCAAGGCCCCGGUACCGGAUUAUUGGGCGGACUUAAAGGUAUUGCAGCGGCGGCGCCUGGAGGCGAUGUAUUAUCGAAAGGAAAGGAUCUAUUUGGUAAAUUCGGAUUCGGCUUUGGCAAAUAACCCCGGUCAUUAUGUAGGUUAUUCUAUUUCUAUGAUUACGACUAUUUCGAUUAUAAUAUGUUAAUAGUGCUAACAUUUUUUGUUAAUAAAAAUUUAUAGGAAAAUAAUAAAUGAAAUCGAAUCAAGAUUCAAAUUAGAAAUGAGAAAAUUAAAGAAAAUAUAUAUAUUCUUUACAUAAGAAAAGUAUUGUUAUGAAAUGAAUAUAAAUAUAUAUGAGAUAAAGGAGUAUAUGAGUAUAUGAAAUGAUAAAGUUUAUUGAUA